AUGUUUUUUGUCAAAAAUACCAAGCACUAUGAUAGACUUAACAAUCUUCAACUAAUGAUUGAUAAAUAUAUUGAAGAAAAACAGUUAAACAAAUUAAAUGAUGUUAUUAAUGGAGCAAUUUGUUUAGCUAAAUAUCCACAUACUAAUAAGUAUAACCGCGUUAAAAUUAUUGAAAAAUUUGAUAAUGGAGAUGUUGAAGUUUUGUUUGUGGACACAGGUGAAUUUAUUUAUAUUAAAUUUCACUUAUUACUUACAAUACAUCCAGAUUUAAUCACUUACUUACCAUUCCAAGCGAUUGAAUGCAGUUUAAGCGGCGUUAAAGAUACAUUACCUACUGGCAACGAGCUGAAUGAACUAACUGACUAUUUAUUUGAUAUGACUCAAAAUCCAUUAUAUUUAAAAGUUAUUAACACUAUUUCAUCAACAACUUUUACUGGUGGUAGUCACUAUGAAGUGAUUUUAUUUGAUGCAGAAAUAACUGUUAAUUUAGAGUUUCAGACAAAAUUCAGUCAAUACUGUGAUACUCUAGAAAUGUCUAAAUUGUUAAAUUGUAUAAAUACUGAAUAUUAUAAUGAAGACAUUUGCGAAGAAGAUAAUGCCAAUAUUCCAUAUGUUAUUGAUGAAAAAAAUUUAGAAAUCGAAGAUGAUUUUGCUUCUGAAAUACUAACUUCUAUUUUUGGAAAAGAAUUUGCUAAUAGUUUUAAAUGCAUAGACCAAAAUAUUGAGGAUGUUAAAAAAGAAGAGUCUUUAUCAAUCACAGAUGUAAAACCAAUAACUGAAAGUGGACCUCUUAAAGAUUGCAUUACCGUCGAACCAAUUAAAACUCAAGAAAUAAUACCUAUUAGUAAUGCAGUGAUGCUUAAAGAUAAGUCUGUGCAAGAUAAUUCCAAACAAAAACUUAGGGAAAAACGACGAAACAUUUGCUUAACAUGCAAUACUAAUAUACAAUCAAUUAUUCCUAUAUGUACUUGGCAUCAAGAUAGAAAUAAUAUUUAUUUAAAACUCAAUAUCCUUGAAAUAGAUGAUUUCAGUGUUGACAGUACAUUAGAGAGUAUUAAGUUUAAAUCUCGAUUCAAACAUUUUGCAUACGAGUUUUGCGUUAGACUUUACGGUUUUAUUAUUGAUAAAAGUAUAACACAUAGACAUAAUUAUGAAGGAUUCCAAAUCAAAGCUGAAAAAUUAUACAAAACAGAUUACAAAUGGCCACAGUUAUUUUCAUGUAGUAAACGUCAUACAUAUGUGAAAUAUGAUACAAACCACAUUGAAAUCAAAGACUUAACUAUCUGGGAAAAAGCCAUGAACAAGUUUAAAUUGUCAGCCAAAGGUACUCCUCUGAACUCAAUAAAUGAUGAAUAUUCCAGUAGUGAAGGCGAAGAUGAAGAGCACAUAGAUUUUGAUGAUUCUAUUGAUGAUUACUAA